UUUAUCGAGAGAAUAACGGAGGAUCUGACAGUUAUGGUUUUGGCGAUUAUUUGAGGGAGUGGACUUUGAACGAUUGUUGAUUAUUUCUUGAUACCCCCUGGCGCAUCUAUUUCAUUUAUUUACAGCUCUAAACCAAGACCAAUAUGGCAACUCCAACGGGGACAGGAUGGGCGCAGUUGCGACAGCAGGCUCGUUCUCUUGAGACGCAGACAGAGACCUUAUUCCACACAUAUGCGCAAUAUGCAUCCCUCUCGCAGCUACCUAUGACCCCGUCAGAAGACGAAAUAAAAGCCGAAUCCCAAAUUCACGAUAUUCUAGAACGGAGAGAUGCUCUUAUAGCUCAGCUAGCUCGCCUCCUCGACUCCGAAUCCACCCUCACUUCCUCAGCUCUAAAACAAAACAACCUCUCCCGCCACCGCGAGAUCCUCCGCGACCACCGUCAUGAACUCAAGCGCCUCAACUCCGCCAUCGCCGAAACCCGCGACCGCGCCAAUCUGCUUUCCAACGUCCGCUCAGAUAUCAACGCCUAUCGCUCCUCGAACCAGAAUAACAACAAUGCAGAGGCAGAGUACAUGCUGGAGGAACGGGGCCAUCUCGAAAGCAGCCAUAAUAUGAUGGAUAGCGUGCUUAGCCAGGCGUAUGCGGUUAAUGAGAAUUUUGGGCUGCAGCGCGAGUCGCUGGCGAGGAUUAACCGGCGGAUUGUUGGCGCGGCGAGUCAGGUUCCUGGGAUGAAUUCGCUUAUACAUAAGAUUGGAGCGAAGAGGAGGAGGGAUGGGAUUAUCCUCGGUGUGUUUAUUGGGAUUUGUUUCUUGGCGGUGUUUUUCUUUCGGUGAUGAACGUGGCUGUUUAUUCUUUUCCUUGAGUUAUAUCCUGCACUGGGCUGGGAAGAUAUGGAGUUAUUUUUCUUCUACUUUUUUAUGUGGGACACUAAUAUCAGCAGGCAUGUAUUUAUUUUAUAUGGCUUCUCAAUUGUAUGUUCAUCUAUUUAUCUAUAUUUACAUAUUAAUCGUGUAUCAAGGUCAUAUAUGUCAAGGUGUGGGGAUUGUUAUUCACGUUGUAUACAAUAGGCUCAUUUCCGAACGAAAGGGGGUAUACGCUGCUUUGAUAUUUGAUAUUCACUCAGGCACUUCCAUCCGCUUUCCGCGAGAGUGCAUUGAGACCUUUCCAUACCUUCCUCUCGUCCACCAACUUCCGCAGCCCGUUAUUCAAAGACUCUAACUCCCCAUCUUCCGCAAUACUGCUCCCAGCCCACCGAAUCCUACACUCCUGGUCCAGCAAAUAUACAUACCCAACCUUACUGUUCAUCAUCCCAAUCUGUUCUCUCAAGCUAUCCGUCAACGCCUUUUGCCGCACAAGGAAAUACCGAUCAUGCUGCUCCUGAGGCAUCUUCCUCCUCAUCCGCCACAUAAACAUACGUAUCAACCAAACUUUCAGCACAUUGUCCUCAAAGUUGAUCUCGACCCGCUGCGCCGCCUUGGGAGAAUCUU